AUGAUAACAAAAUUCUACCAGCAUAGCCUUGCCUUGGCUUUUGCUGUUGGUGAGAUCAACAGAAACCACCAAAUCUUGCCGAAUGUCACACUUGGGUUUCACAUCCAGGACACCUAUCACGAUGCUGCAAUGACUUAUUGGACUACUCUGGACCUGCUCUUCAGAUCGCCUAGCUUGAUCCCCAAUUACCAUUGCAACAAACAAAGAAAUUUGGUGGCCAUCAUUGGUGGGCUCAACUCUGCUACCACUGACUAUAUAGCUGACUUACUCGGUUUUUACAAGAUUCCACAGCUUCAUCCAUUUCUUCAAGGGAUCUCGUUCAACAACACAGCUGGAGAAACCAUAUCUUUUAAUGAGAAGAAGGGGAUCAGAGGUGGAUUCGACAUCAUGAAUUUGGUGAUAUUCCCCAACAAAUCCUUCCAGAGAAUCAAAGUUGGAAGAGUGGAUGGCCAUAGACCCAGAGGAAACGAAUUGAUCAUUCAAGACAAGAUGCUUAUCUGGCCUACAGAAUUUAAACAGGUGCUCCUCUGGACGGUUUAUAUAAACACAAAAUUUAACUGGAAAAGAAUCUCUUUGUGUUCUUCAGAUAUGGAUGACUGUUUCCCGUGUGCAGAAGAUCACUUCCCAAGCCGGGAGAGAGAGAGAUGCAUCCCCAAGACCAUCGACUUCUUGACCUUUGAAGAUGCUCUAGGAAUGGGUUUUACCACUGUUUGUAUUUCUUUUGCUUUCCUCACAAUAUUUAUCCUCAGCACAUUUAUCAAGAACAGAGACACCCCCAUUGUCAAAGCCAACAACCGGAACCUCACCUACAUCCUCCUGGCUUCCAUCCUGCUCUGCUUCCUUUCUCCUUUGCUGUUCCUCGGCCAACCUGAGAGGGUGACCUGCCUCCUUCGACAAGCUGUCUUUGGUUUGACUUUCUCGGUGGCGGUUUCUUGUGUCUUGGCAAAAACCACCAUUGUUUCCUUAGCCUUCAUUGCUACAAAGCCUGGCUCUCAGAUGAAGAAAUGGGUGGGGAAUAAGCUGGCUUAUUCCAUUGUCCUUUCCUGUUCCCUUAAUCAAGGCUGCAUCUGUAUUUCCUGGCUGGUCAUGUCUCCCCCAUUCCCUGAUUUAGACAUGCACUCCACAAGAGAGAAAAUCAUUGCUCAGUGUAAUGAAGGGUCUGCUGCCAUGUUUUAUGUGGUCUUGGGCUACAUGGGCCUCUUGGCUCUCCUGAGCUUCAUGGUAGCAUUUUUGGCCCGCAAAUUACCAGACAGUUUCAACGAAGCCAAGCUCAUUACCUUCAGCAUGUUGGCCUUUUGUAGCGUGUGGAUCUCCUUUGUUCCCUCCUAUCUGAGCUCCAGAGGGAAAGACAUGGUGGCUGUGGAGAUCUUCUGCAUCUUGUCCUCUGCUCUUGCCUUGCUGGGUUGCAUUUUCUUCCCUAAAUGUUACAUUAUUUUAUGGAGGCCUGAGCUGAACAACAAGGAGCAACUGAUACGGAGAAAGCAUUAA